AUGCAGAACAGACAUCAAGCCUGGGCUAAACCAGGCGUGAUUGAUGGAACCACGUCGGUGAAAAACGAAAAAUUGCCCCUCCGCGAGACCUCGAUAGAAAUGAUGGAAAACAAGCCGUCCCACACGCCGCCCUCACCACCGGAGUCGCCGCCAGAGGUGGAGCAAGAGACAGUUCGCAUCCCCCUCUUCCUUCUCGAUCCGGACGUGGACGGAAACGGCGAUGUCUCCCACGCCGAGAAGAAGAUCCACGGCUGCCUCCUCGCCGCCGACAAGGACGGGAACGGCUGGCUCUCGACCAAGGAGUUCUACUCCGUCCUCUCGGGCUUUCUGUCGGCGGAGAAGGGGCGCCUCCUCUACAAGAAGCUGGCCAUCUUCUCCUUGGUCGGCUGCGUCAUCCUCGCGUGCACCACGCUCGGCACGUCGACUGCGGCGGCGGUGCUCGCGAAGGAGUCCUUUGUCAGCGAGACACUGAUGGUCGACGCGGACGGCAAGGUGGUCGCGGUGGCCAAGGCGGAGACGAGCUUGCCGCUCCUCGUCGCGCCGGUUCUCUCGCCCGAGCAGCUCGCAUCGAUCGAGAAGAUGACGGUCACCUACAAGAGCGACGGGGCGCCGGACGGCGGCAAAGAGGAGGCCGUGCAGGCCUCGCUCUACGUCAGCCACGUCAAGCGCUUCUCUAAGACUCGCGUCACCUUCGAGCUUGCCUUCCCGGGAGGGCUUGUGCAGGUCUGGGACGGCGCCGCGACGUAUAGGGACGCGGAGGCCGUUCAGCACAACCUGUGCUUCGCCAAGGUGGGAUGCGCGGCCUUCUCUGUUGACGACGCGGGCGAGGCGGAAAAGUUGGUGGCGGAGGCGGAGGAGGCGCUCGCGGCCGCCGGGCUGGAGGGGCGGCGCUUGGGUACCAGCAUUGGCGGCUGCUCGAUGCCGAUGGGCUCGCCGUCGCCGGGCGGCUGCUCGAUGUCCACGCCGCAGGCGGACUGCACGGUGGCCAACUGCGGUGCCGGUUGGAUGUACAUGGGCACCAUGUGGUAUGGUGCAAACGAUCCGGGCUGUACCACGUACGAGGACUAUGGGCAGAGCGCGAAUUGCAGGGCGGCGUGUGGAUAUUGCCCUAUCAAGAAGCUUGAGAGGCUGUGCGAAGACUACGAAGAUACCGCGUGCAUGAUGCCGAAUGACAGACGGGCCCUGGUCGAGGCGGAUGAGCAAGCUGAGAUCGACGAGGUGGAGGUGCAAGGCCACGACGACAUUCUUUUCUCGACUGGGUGGGUGGGAGGCGCUCGCGCAAAGUAG